AUGGCAGCAGCUACUUCUGUACUCGGUGAGCUCUCGGAGCAUCUGCAAAAGGUCGACCAAGAUCCUACCACCGAGCUGGAUGCAGAUCUACUUGAGCGAUGCGAGCUCUUCACAAACACCUCUGAAUAUCGGUCUCAAAUAUGGAAAGAGACAAGACCGCUCUUCCUCCAGAUCGCCGCCUUGCUACCAAAGCUACAGCAAGAUCCAUCGCGACUGACGCAUUUCAUCCUCAAGCUCGCCGAGCCAUAUCGCUUCGAGGAUAUCAAAGACGUCGAGUUCGAGAUUGGCCUGGACCUUCAAGCGAUCCCAUUUCACAAUCUCAUCCUCACAUUGCUCGAGAAAGCCACCACCAGUAGCACUGAUGCCCAAGCGCUUGCAAAUCGACCGGCAGUCAUGUUGGCCAUCGUCCGUCUGUGGUUGUGCACUCAAGAUGCUGGAGUAGCAAGCCAAGCCGAGAAUCUUCUCACAUCGCUCCUUGGCAUAUCGAAGAACGAGCCGGUUUCCAUGGACGGCAAGUCAACCCUGCACACUUAUGGUACUGGCCCCGUUUGGCGGCGACUGUUCAGUGACCGCGAUAUCAGCUCGUUGUACUACCAUUAUACCUCACUCAAACAGCUUAUAUCGCCGCCUCUACCACUUCUGAACAAGCGAGACAAGACUAUAGCACAAGCUAGGUUAUUGUCAUGGCUACCACGCGUCGCCGCAAUGGACUGGAAUGCUGUCGUUUCUGCAUACGGACUCAACGUUGAGCGGGAAGUGGGUCUAAAGGAGGGUCAGGGCUUACUUCACUAUGCUGCACUCAAGAUGGUCGAUACCCAGGACGAUAUGCUGAUGCAUAUGACCCUUAUCCAGUUCUACAGCAUUCUUAUUACCAGGGUAAAGGCCUCGCCUCAUCUAUCACACUACAACUCGAGUCUCGCUCUAGACUUCUUGAAAGAGGAAGGCAUCCACAGAGGCCUUAUCGACUUUCAUACCUCGGAAAACCCCAGCAUCGAUCACUCGUUCUUGAGCAGCCGGAUAGCACAGUACAUUAGCGACUACGCUGUACAUUACCCUGAAAACUUUGAGAAUAGCGAGGAGAUGCCUGUCAUUCGGAACUACGUCCACCGAAACAUCCGGAAAUGUGAGGCAAGCGAUCUGAAUGUCAUUGCUUCGAUGCCAAGAUCGACGCUAGUCCCACAGCGGGCUUCGGGGCCAGCCUGGGAUGAUUGUGUCAUUGCAGACAUGCCAAUCACAAGAACGAACCAGGAUGCUCUGAAGACGCUUGCAACCGUCUUCCGCGGACCGCCAAAGGAGGAAAUCACAUUCCCGCAGACCGAGACUAUUGGCUCCGACUCUAAACGCACACAGACCGAAGCAAUCUACGCGCGACUCAUCACCGCUCUCUUCUACAGUAAGAAACCCACCAUGUUCGCUGAUAUCACCACACAUAUGGAAACCAUCGCCAUGAAAGAAAACGCACUUGCUGCUCUUGCUAUUGUCAGCGCCCUGAUCAACUCUUCGUGGUCUACCGAAACCCCGUCAGAUGUACCUUCUAACGACCUGACAUACGCUCGACUUAACACCUUCCCGAAAUCCGGUCUUGAUGUCAUCCUGGAUCCUAGUAUCAGCGGCGGAGUUCUCCCCUCGUUGCUCCUACCCGCUACAACCUUCUCGAGCCUCGUUGGCGGCCGCGGCGACCCAGAGAAUGCGGCGUAUGUUGUCGCGACGGCAAAGUUUGAAGUUCUCAAAUCCCUUGGAAAGAAACUUGAAGAGGAAUCUGGUAGGCCGGACGUUCUUGCUAUAGUCAGGAGGAGAGUAGGCGAGGGUGUUUGGGGAGAGAGUGGGACCGUAGGGAGCAGGAUCGGUACGCUGGAGAUGUGA